AUGCCCCGCCAGCACGCGGGCGGCGAGGAGGGCGGCGCCGCCGGGCUCUGGGUGAGGAGCGGCGCGCCGGCGGCGGCGGCGGCGGGCGGGGGGCGCACGGGCGGCGGCAUGAAGGAUGUGGAGUCGGGCCGGGCCAGGGCGCUGCUGAACUCGGCAGCCGCCGGGGGCGACGGGCUGCUGCUGCUGGGCACCCGCGCGGCGGCGCUGGGUGGCGGCGGCCUGCGGGAGAGCCGGCGGGGCAAGCAGGGCGCCCGGAUGAGCCUGCUCGGGAAGCCGCUCUCCUACACCAGCGGCCAGAGCUGCCGGCGCAACGUCAAGUACCGGCGGCUGCAGAACUACCUGUAUAACGUGCUGGAGAGGCCCCGCGGCUGGGCGUUCGUCUACCACGCGUUCGUUUUUCUCCUCGUCUUUGGUUGCUUGAUUUUGUCAGUGUUUUCCACCAUCCCUGAGCACACCAAAUUGGCCUCAAGUUGCCUCUUGAUUCUGGAAUUCGUGAUGAUCGUCGUCUUUGGUUUGGAGUUCAUCAUUCGAAUCUGGUCUGCAGGCUGUUGCUGCCGAUACCGCGGAUGGCAGGGAAGACUGAGAUUCGCCCGAAAGCCGUUCUGUGUCAUAGAUACCAUCGUCCUCAUCGCCUCCAUAGCGGUCGUGUCUGCCAAAACUCAGGGUAACAUCUUCGCCACGUCGGCACUGCGCAGCCUGCGCUUCCUGCAGAUCCUCCGCAUGGUGCGCAUGGACCGGCGCGGCGGAACCUGGAAGCUGCUAGGCUCCGUGGUCUACGCGCACAGCAAGGAAUUAAUCACAGCUUGGUACAUAGGAUUUUUGGUUCUGAUUUUUUCAUCUUUCCUUGUCUAUCUGGUGGAAAAGGAUGCUAAUAAGGAGUUUUCUACAUACGCGGAUGCUCUCUGGUGGGGCACGAUAACGUUGACCACGAUCGGUUAUGGAGACAAAACCCCCCUGACGUGGCUGGGAAGGCUGCUGUCAGCAGGCUUCGCACUCCUGGGCAUUUCUUUUUUUGCACUUCCUGCUGGCAUUCUUGGCUCAGGUUUUGCAUUAAAAGUACAAGAACAGCACCGCCAGAAACACUUUGAGAAAAGACGGAACCCAGCUGCCAACCUCAUUCAGUGCGUUUGGCGUAGUUACGCAGCUGAUGAGAAAUCUGUCUCCGUUGCAACUUGGAAGCCGCACCUGAAGGCCUUGCACACCUGCAGCCCCACCAAGAAAGAGCAAGGGGAAGCUUCAAGCAGCCAGAAGCUCAGCUUCAAGGAGCGCGUGCGCAUGGCCAGCCCUCGGGGCCAGAGCGUCAAGAGCAGGCAGGCAUCGCUGGGGGACAGGCGGUCCCCCAGCACAGACAUCACGGCUGAGGGCAGCCCCACCAAAGUGCAGAAGAGCUGGAGCUUCAACGACCGCACGCGCUUCCGGCCCUCCCUGCGCCUGAAGAGCUCGCAGCCCAAGCCGGUGGUGGACGCUGACACAGCGCUUGGCACCGAUGACGUGUAUGAUGACAAAGGAUGCCAGUGUGACGUGUCCGUGGAGGACCUCACGCCACCGCUGAAAACCGUCAUUCGGGCAAUCAGAAUUAUGAAGUUUCAUGUUGCAAAACGGAAGUUUAAGGAAACACUGCGCCCAUACGAUGUAAAAGAUGUCAUCGAACAGUACUCCGCUGGUCACCUGGACAUGCUGUGUAGGAUUAAAAGCCUGCAGACACGUGUGGAUCAAAUUCUUGGAAAAGGACAAAUCACGUCAGACAAGAAGAGCAGAGAGAAAAUAACCGCAGAACACGAGGCCGCAGAUGACCUCAGUAUGCUCGGCCGGGUGGUCAAAGUUGAAAAACAGGUCCAGUCCAUCGAGGCCAAGCUGGACUGCCUGCUGGACAUCUACCAGCAGGCGCUGCGGAAAGGCUCCGCUCCGGCCCUCGCGCUGGCCCCCUUCCCGAGCCCGCCCUUCGAAUGUGAACAGACGUCGGACUACCAGAGCCCGGGCGACGCCCGGGACCUCUCGGGCCCGGCGCCGGGCGCCGGCCUCCCGCGCUCCGCCAGCGCGGGCCUGGCGCGGGGCCUGCAACUCAUCCUGGCGCCCGGCGAACUGGGCGCCCAGGCGCUCUACGCGUUCAGCCCCGCGCCGACGCCGGCGCCCGGGAGCCCGGGGGACGGCCCGGCGGCCCCGCGCGGCCUGGCUCCGCCGGCGGCGGCGGGCGCGGCCCGGCCGGCGGCCCCCGCCACCCUGCAGAUACCGGCCGCACUGCCGGCGCUCGGGCCGCUGCCCCACGCCGGCGCCCCGGAGGCGCUCCCCGAGCUCAGCGCCCGCCUGGCGGCCGCCAAGGACCGCCUCCCAGCCAAGGAGCGCGCCCUGCGCCAGAGCCUGGACCUGGGCGGGGCGGCCCUGCUGUCGGUCCGGCCCGCGGUGCCCCAGGACCCGGGCCGCUCGGUGUCGGCGCAGAACCUGGCCCGGUCCACCGAGGACCUGGACGUGCAGCUGGCGGGGAGCGAAUCCAGCGGCUCCAGGGGCAGCCAGGAGCUUUACCCCAAGUGGCGGGAAUCCAAGCUGUUUAUCAGUGAUGAAGAGGCGGCGGGUCCGGACGACGCCGGGACGGACGCCUUGGACGCGGUGCCGCCGGCGCGGGAGCCCGCCCCGGCGCCGGACUCUCUCAGGACUGGACGGUCGCGAUCAUCUCAGAGCUCGUGUCCGGCGGCGGGGGGCGCCGAUGCCCUGGGCCGGCCGCAUGUGAGGCUGAAAUGA